AGAUUCUUCCUUCUUUUAUGAGCGUUAAGACCUAGCUUUAGUUUGGUCUCUACUUUCAUAUCUACCCUUGUCUACUCCUUAAUCUUGCUUUUCUAGGAAGUGGAUUUCAAAAGGUUCCUUAGCUAUUAAUGUCGUGUAAUCAUACACUACUACGCUUUGACUAAAUGAGAGAUGAGAGACGAGACUGCAACAAUCAUUUAUUUACAAAUUACAAUCCAUAUGCUUGCUUAUAGUUGGCUGUCCCAAGUUGCCAUUUUUUAAGAUACAUGCUUCUUGCUGUGAAUUAGUCAAGAUAUCAAUCAUUAAUUUGCUGCAGGGUAGAUCGACCUAGCGAUCUGAAAACAUGGAGGACUACUCGGGCCUGUUCUUGCAGUGGGCGAUGGAUAGGCCGCAGCAGGAGCAUCUGGCGGCAGCCCCUGUCGACGGUGAGUGCGGUGAGGUGGCUACCUUCCCCUCGCUCCAAGCGCUCCGCGAGGCCUCGCAAGCUGAAGAAAUGGUCCAGGAGCUGAUCGGGCAGCCCCACCCGGCAAACAGCUGGAGCCCAGGCGAUGGGUACAUCAUCGACGGCAGCAGCAUCGGCAAGAACGCAGAUCCCGCACUGAGCAGAAGCACGAGCUGGAAUUUCGGCGCCGCCUCAGCGCCGCCGCCGGGUCCUCGCGACGGCGGCAUGUCUGGGGCCGCCGCCACACGCAGCCUGCCGGAGCUGACGUGCGGGCCACCGCCGACGAGAAGAGCCGUCUUGAAGAGCGUGGGAUCCAUGUAUGCGCAGGACCACAUCAUCGCGGAGAGAAAAAGGAGGGAGAAGAUCAACCAACGCUUCAUCGAGCUCUCCACCGUCAUCCCCGGCCUCAAGAAGAUGGACAAAGCGACGAUCCUUUCUGACGCGACGAGAUACAUGAAGGAGCUCCAAGAAAAGAUCAAGGCACUGGAAGAUGGCAGCAGCGACCGCAGCAUCGAGUCCUGGGUCCUCGUCAAGAAUCCGUGCAUCGCGGUGCCCGACGAGGGUAGCUCCCAGUCGUGGACCUCGUCGGGGACGCCGGCGAUGUCGAGGAAUCCGCUGCCGGAGAUAGAAGCCCGGUUCUUGGAGAAGAGCGUGAUGGUGAGGAUCCACUGCGAGGAUGGCAAGGGGGUGGCUGCGAGGGUGCUCACCGAGGUCGACGAGCUCCACCUCAGCAUCAUCCACGCAAAUGUCACGCCAUUCCCGGCUAGCACUCUGAUCAUAACCAUCACGGCAAAGGUGGAGGAGGGCUUCACCGUCACAGCGGACGAGAUCCUUGGCAGACUCAACUCUGCAUUGCUGCAUAGUAGCAGCUGCAACAGCCCUGAAGAAACAGGAAACUAGUUAUAAAGGCAACUCACAUGUCAGUAUUCGACAGUAUGUUGUGGUAUGCAUGAGUGUUGCUUUUUUUUCCCUUUCCUUUUGUAAAGAAUCUGCGCCGUGGCCAAUGACUUUCGUCGGUGCGACACUGCUAUUUGGCAUUUGGCAUGAAAACAUCGACACCAGUGCACACGGAUCUGCUGCUCGAUCGCUAUUGUUGUCGCGGAAAAGCACUGAAGAAAAGUCAGUCAGGUGGUCGGUUCUGACGAAAUAUAUAGCUAAGUAAAACAUGAUAGUGAUCAAUAUGUACGGCGGCCUGCAAUGCAAGUUGCAUUAAGUUA